AUGAAUUCAUACUUCGAACAGACCGGGUUCUAUGGACAUCCGCACCAGGCAGCGGCCGGUAUGAUGACGACGACAGGAACACAUCACGACCAAACAACGGCUGCAGCGGCAGCGGCAUACCGAGGAUUUCCGUUAUCGCUCGGAAUGUCCCCGUACACGAACCAUCACCUGCACCAAACGCGCACAGCCCAAGAGUCACCGUAUGAUGCCAGCAUACAGGCCGCGUGUAAACAGAUUUACGAGGGCUCCUAUAGUUCCAAAGACUGUGCCACGAAAGGUGGUAGCGGAAAUAACGGCACGGACGCAACCAACGGCUACAAAGAUGUGUGGAACGCAAACAGUGGCGCAGCUAAUGGGGCGGCCACCGGUGCCACCGGUGGUAACGUACCUUCCCAACAAAACAAUUCUGUUCCGGUGCGACCUUCGGCAUGUACACCUGAUUCACGAGUCGGGGGUUAUAUCGACGCAUCUGGAGGAAGCCCUGUGAGUCGGACUGGUUCAGCUGCUGCCGCAGCCGGUGUACCCGGAUCAUGGAAUACCAACCAAUGUUCAUUAACUGGGUCAGCCGGUGGCCAAACUGCUCCUACUACUGGACUACAUCAGUCCAAUCAUACUUUUUAUCCCUGGAUGGCUAUUGCAGGUAAGAGAUAUUCAGAAUCUCUUGCGGGCACACUUCUACCAGACUGGAUAGGUGCAAAUGGAUUACGAAGAAGGGGACGCCAAACCUACACAAGAUACCAAACGCUGGAACUGGAGAAGGAGUUCCACACCAACCACUACCUUACCCGUCGACGCCGGAUUGAAAUGGCACACGCUCUCUGUCUAACCGAGCGACAGAUCAAAAUUUGGUUUCAGAAUCGCCGAAUGAAGCUUAAGAAGGAAAUACAAGCCAUCAAGGAGUUAAACGAGCAAGAAAAACAAGCCCAGGCACAGAAAGCGGCCGCCGCGGCAGCUGCAGCGGCCGCGUUACAUGAGCAAAACUAG